AUGACCAGCUCUAAAAUUCCAGUACCCUCCAAAGAAUAUGCAAAGCAACUAUCGAGGCGGGAAGAGCUCACCAAGCAAGAGUCAUCGUUAAAGAGGGAGUACACCACAAUGCUGCGAAAAAUGGCAAGUGUCAUGGCCGUGCUACAAGAGCUUGAUGAUGGACAGGAGGCUUCACAGCAAACAAUUUCAGAAAGCGCACUGCUCAAGGUCCCUGAACUGAAACAAUACUCUCAGCUUUUGCAUGACAUAGACAGUAAAGCACUAGAGGAUAUUGAGAUACCAGAAGUCCUGAAAGACUCGUAUGCGCUUUAUAAACAGUCGCCUCUACUUUACAAGGACCUGUGA